UCUAUUUUCCCCCCCUCCGGCUCCUGAGCCGCGGCGCCGCGAGUGUCGUGAAAGGGCUGCGGUGCGCUUUACGGCAUCGUCGUGGUCGUCCUGUUGGUGCAAGGGCAGCCCCACCAGCCAUGCCAUUUAUAGAUUUCCAGGAGCUGCUGGGCAUUGACUUGGACCGAUGGUACCUCCAGCUAACUGGCAAGCAACCCUAUAAACAAGCCGCCAGGUGCCACGCCUUUGAGAAGGAGUGGCUGGAAUGCGCAGAAGGCAUCGGGGAGCUGCGGGCCAAAAACGAGUGCAAGACAGAGCUGGAGGACCUCAGGGAGUGUAUGACGAUGCAGAAAAUGAGUGAACGGAUCCGGAUGAUCAGGGAACAGAAACGCAAGCUGAUCAAGGAGGGCAAGUACACCCCGCCUGAGCACCACUGUGACAAGUGACACCUCUGGCGGCUCUUGCUUUGGCAGGCCCUCUUCUUCCCUGUUGUUUGAAAAAGAGCUCCGCUCUCGCCACAGUCUGAGGGGGGCAGAGCGGUUCCCUCUUUCCUGGCAACGCUCUCUGUCCCUCGGUUUGAAUAAACGUCCUUCUUUAAGUC